CUCAUUGAAUUACCUUUUUUUCGCAUUCCACUAUAUACACAUCCUCCAAACCUACGUAAGCAUAAAGAAGAAACAUCAAUUGCAUUGACAAAGGAACACGUCGCCAUCAUGCCGGAAAAGUUAUCAGAUCCUACCGAAUACCAGAAGAUUUUCCACUGGGCCGAAACACAGAAAGACGGUGCGGUUCCCAGCUUCGCAACCAGGAAAAACGAUCCGUAUGAAUACCAAUCUGGUUUCAACAACAGCUUUGCAAGCGAAGCGGUCCCGGGUACCCUUCCUCAAGGCCAGAACUCACCCAGAAAUGUGAGGUUUGGGCUAUACGCAGAGCAAAUGACCGCUUCGGCAUUUGUAGCACCUAGACAUAUGAACAAGAAGGCUUGGCUAUACCGAGCACGACCAGCGGUUGCGCAUCAGGGAUUUACCGACCUUCCCGACAAUGCGGACACCGAGUCCUGCUUUCUGCCACUCAACUCCCGCGUCCACGUAUCCCCCACACAACUAGCAUGGCUACCAUUCGACAUCCCCUCCUCGGGCAACGUCGACUUCGUAUCUGGACUUAAGACCAUUGCCGGCUCUGGAGACCCGACAUUGAGGGAAGGUCUCGCGGUACACACCUUCCUCUGUAACUCGAGCAUGGAGAAGCGCGCUUUCGUAAACUCGGACGGCGACUUUUUGAUUGUUGCGCAAGAAGGCGUUCUGGACAUCCAGACCGAAUUCGGUAUGCUGUUUGUGCAGCCUGGCGAAAUUGCUGUUAUCCAGCGGGGUCAGAGGUUCAGGGUGUCGGUGCCGGAUGGUCAGACAAGGGGUUACAUGUUGGAGAUCUGGGGAUCGAACUUCCAGUUGCCAGAAUUAGGACCCCUGGGAGCAAACGGUCUUGCCAAUGCACGCGACUUUUUGCACCCGGUCGCCAAAUACGAGAUUGAGAAGGAGCCUUGGGAAAUUGUGUACAAGCUCGGAGGCAAAUUCUUCAAAUCAACACAACAGCACAGUCCCUUCGAUGUUGUGGCAUGGCACGGAAACUACGUUCCCUACAAAUACGACUUGACUAAAUUCGUAAACGUUGGCUCUAUCUCCGUUGACCACAUCGAUCCAUCCAUCUUCUGCGUUUUGACCGCACCUUCGCGAGACCCCCACUCACCGCUUGCCGACUUCUUGAUCUUCAGCCCUCGAUGGGAUGUUGCCAGCCACACCUACCGACCUCCCUACUACCAUCGCAAUGCAGCAUCUGAGCUUAUGGGGCUCAUCUACGGCGAGUACGCUGGAAGAUCGGAUGAGUUCCAGCCUGGCGGAGUUUCUUUCGAGUGUGGCUUCGUACCCCACGGAGUUGCGUACGAAGAGUUCAAGGCUGCUUCUGAGAACCAGCCUCCAGAGAUGCAGAUUUCCAAGGGCGCAGUUGCCUUUAUGAUGGAAAGCUCAAGGCCGUUCACCAUUACCGAUUGGGCGUGGAACAACCAGAAGAAGCACGAGCACGACCCAAAGAUGUGGGACAACCUCGUUGACAACUUCAGCGGACACGCGGAAGAAGUUGAGAAAUUGCUUGCUGAAGGAGUCAAGAAGUUGGGAUUGAAGAAUGGACAGUAA